GUGCGGCCCGAAAAUCUGCGAAAUUUCACUAGAUAACUGCAGUUGCGUCGUGAUUCUAGUCGCCGAAGGGUCGUCGAAAGUGAAAGUGUUUUUUGUGUGUUUAAAAAGUGACUUUUUGACAGUUCUUUUGUGGUGGCAGCAUGCCGCCGACGGAGUGUAAACAAGCUGUCAAAAAUCAUGGCAAUGCAAUGGCUACUGCGUUACUUCGUCGGCAGUGCGCAAAGUGACCGGAUAGGGACUCGGAAUAAGUAGGCAAAUUGCGCAUACACUCUGGUUCGGGUUCUGACUGGUGUUAGUGUGUGUCAAGCGGCUAGAGAACAUUGUUUUGUUUUAUUUGCGCCCCGGUCCGGUGAGGUACAUACAAUUUAUAUUGCACACAUAUGUUUUCGUAAUUUAGCCGCGGCACGUCAAAUUCUCUCGCUCGCUCACUCUAACUCACGCGCACGCUGCGCCAUUCUCAGUCGCUAUUUUCAAUUAGUGUUCGCGUAUCAAUUGCGAAUGGAGGUGCCCCGUUUGCCUACUGCGACAAGUGGGCAGCUGGCUGAGACGAUUUGCACAUUGAUUAAAACGGAAAUCUUCGAUUCGGGGCGACAGCAAUGAAAUGCUCGUCAUGCGUAAGUAGUCGACCAAAAAGUGACGACGAAGAAGCUAGUCUCGCCGGAACCAUGGAUAAGGACGGUGAAGAAUAUCGCGUGGAAUCGCCCCCAGUCAUCCCGAAGCGACCCUCUACCUCCCGCAUUCAACCGAUGCUGACAAUCGUCGAAGUACCACCGGACUGUUCCGAAGAUACCGGUCAAAGCACGAGCAGGCAUCACAGUCCUAGUCCGGGCAGCAGUUCGCACCUUCUCCGUCCGCUGGACAUCAUCACAGAGGAAACCAGUGACGUAAGUGAUUCGGAAAAUCGCCCACCAUCCCCGAAACCAGAUCUGUGCUUCCCACGACCGAAACCACCCCGUUUUAAGAAGGCCACAUCCAGAAAACUUCCCCCCGAAAACUAUCUUCAAGGCAAACAGGAGCAGACGGUAUGUGUCCUGGUGGACGCCAAAAUUCAAGACACCUCUACGAUGGACGAGUAUCGAAGCAUCUGCAAAACCGAAACCGUCCCGGAAGAAAUCCUCGAAGUUGAGAUCAUCGAUCUCGGUUCGAAUUCAAGCAGUCUGGCCGAUCUGACGGAUGUGGCUGCCUUCGAUCAACCUGCCUACUUGGUUUCCAGCAGCAACAACAACGAUGAUGAUGACGACGACUACGACGCCUCCUAUGAUCGUGCCGAGGAUGAGAUAAACAACAACGACCAGCAGUCGGAGAGUGACGCCAUCGAAGACGCUCGUGAUGAGCUUAGCACGCCGCCAGCGCAGUCACAAUCGAUUCCGCAGCUUGAUAAUGGCAAUGAUAAUGAACCGUUUGCAAUGCAGUGCGCAAACAUCGAUCCCAGUUCGGCGCCGGUGAUUUUUUCUCUCAAACCAAAUGAAGAGGACGGAAAAAUGGAGGAUGAGGACGUUUUAAGUGAAGAGGAUAACAACGGGUACGGGGAGAGUAACCGCGUGAGCAAAACAAGCGAAACUUUCACGCAGUCGCCGUGCGAGGCGAACGCAGCUACGCAAAAUAAUGAUGAUGACGGUGAUGAUGAUGAUGAUGAUGAUGAUGACGGUGAGUGUCACGAAAACGAUCGCACGGAAUCGGAUCGAGACGACGACGACGUUGGCCGGAGCAGUCUACUCGCGGGUGUUGAUCGUGCUAGCGUCGUGACGCGGCACCAGCGAAAUGUCAGUGAGGUGAAAGGUUGUACCGACAACGAACAGGACGACGACGGCGAAGACGACGUUGACACGAGUACGAGUUCAAUCGAGUGUUGUGUGACUCAUCAAUCGAUGAUCGGGGAUUCCGUGGUCCAAUCCGACGGGAUGGUAGAACAAGAGGGCGAAAAAGUAUCGCGACCUUUGGUCUCGAUUCCGCUGCCACCGCCACCUGCUGUUUCGACGACUGCGGCGUCGACGGCGACGGUGCCUGCUCACAACGGGCCGCCAUCCGCAGUGGUGACUAAUCUGGGUCGGGAAGUGCACGAAGAAGGCCUACCGGGCUGUGAGAAUGCUCAAAUUUCUAGUGGCGGUGAUAUUGGUGAAAUUGAUCCUGCAGAUGCUGAUCAGAAUAGUGCGGAAGAUAGUGUCGAUGCAGUAGUAGGAAACGUGGCCGCUGCCAGUGCCGAUGAGUCAAGUGUUCUGUUGAAAAUUUUGAAACAUCAACCGGCGGCGCCGUUGCCGCCGCCUUCGGAGGCCAGUGUGGAAAAUCGUCCCACUUUUGCCGAGCGAAAACUAGCAGCAACAGCCGAACCAAACGGCCGUCACAGUGCGGUGGGGACAAAAAUAGAACGCACGGUAAAAAGUGAACAGUUAAAUUAUGAAAUCGUUCAAGAUCAUCGCGUGUUGAGGGAAGAGACUGUUUUCAGUGCUAGCGGUGGGGGAGAGGUGGUUUUGCGACGCAGAGGAAGCCGGACGGACGAGUGCACGGCUGGCAAAGAACCAUCACCGGAACAAAAAGCGGCACUGGUGCUUGACCUGCGUAACGAGCUAAGUCGCAUUAAGGACGCCGAGCUGCAGGAGGAAUUUCGCAAACUCGAACUCGAGGCGGCUCGUUUCGGGGAGGAACUUGAUAAAAUGGCCGUCAUGCAGCCACCAGCCGACAACCUCACCUAUUACGUGUCCAAGCAGAAUGAUUUUGCCGUUGAACGACCGGCGCCUCCCCGACAGAAACCACCUGCUGUGGCAAAAUCCUCCAACGAUCAAAUGUACAACGAAUGGCAGCAGCGAAUGGAGGAACGGGAAGCCCGUCGGUUGCACAAAGUUGUGAAAAUAUCAAAACCAAGUGACUAUUCAAACGGAACUGAGCCGAUCGCACUACCACCGGUGCCACCGGCAAGCGCCGUUAGUUCAGAAGACCCGGACCUCGGCGAUGAAUUCCUUCGGAAGGUAAAAGAACGCCGCCGAAAAUUCACGAUUCCCGGCGGGGAUAGCGAUUACGAUAGCAGCGCCCCGAACAGCAUCCCGGGAACCCCGGUCGCCAGCCGGAAACCGAUUGCGAAACACAUCGAAGCGGAGUUUGCCGAGUUUGCUGAAAUACGUAAACGGCAGCAGGCGGCGGAACGGGAGGAAAAGGAGGCGGAGAAGCGUCGAGAGAAACAGCAACCAGCGCCGCCGCCGACGCCGCCAGCUCCGGAGCUACCGAAGGCCGUUGAGAGUCAUCAGCCUCGGUCGCGUCAGAACAUAAAUCAAGCGGAAAACAUCCGCCAACACCGUCAACCUCCGCUGGCGAAGCCAUCUCCGACCAGUGCUGCCAGUUUCUCCAGUACCAGCGUUUCCGGUGACAGCGGCGAAAGUGUCAAAGUGAGUGCUCUGAUUGAAGUUCACCAGCAAAAACAGCGCGAACUGUUGCGUCAGGAUAGUUACAAAGCGGCGAUUCGUAGUGCAAACAGUUCGGUGGAGAAUUUAGGUGGUCCUGAUCAGGAACCGGAAGCGGACGCCACUCCGGUCAGUGUUAGUGCCAAGUGUCAAGAGUUCGAACGUAGGCUUCAGCGUAGUGCUAGUAGCGAAGGUCGUAAGCCAAUCAAGCCAACCGCAGCAUCACCGCCGGUGUCCUCGUCGCCUAGCUUCAAAGUUAGUGUUGCCAGCAAUGUGCCUCCCUCGCCGCCACCGCCUUCGACGAUCUCCGCAGCCUCGGCAGCUAAUCGCACCGAAUCCCGGCAGCAGUCGUUCAAGAUUGGCCCCAAAUUCAAGGCACGGGCCACCGGAUCAGGCGUCUGGUCACCACACAACCGCUCCACGGAAAUUCUCACCAAAGCAGAACUAGCCGAGCGAAGCAAAGACAGCAGCAGCAGCAAACCUUCCUCGGAACCCCUGCAACCCAUCUGGACACCGCGCAGUGCACCACCAUCCCCCGUCAGCGAACGGCGUGAGUUCCGUCCGAUUGGGUUCGAAUCUCCCACACCGCAACGUCGGAACCUAUCGGCCACCCCGUCGUCGUCGCGAGCCGAAACGCCCCAGAUAUCGGCACCCUGGACCAACGCUCCCGGCUACGACAAACCAGUUCAAUUCACUAGCAAUCCACCGACCGGUCGGCCGGAACCGACCACAUUUGCGGAACCGCGGCGGCAUCUGCAGAACUCCAACUCACUGCCCACCAUCGGAACGACGACGACGGCGACGACAAGAGACGGUGGCAGCACACCAAUCCACUCGGUACGAUUUGCCCCGGAGCAGCGGCAAACGACGGACAGUCCCACGAUCAAUACGCUGCUCAAGACCAAAGAUGGCAAAAUCAACCAGCAGCUGGUGAACACGUACGAAUCUAGCAACCAGUCCAAUGUCUACCAGACGACGGCGAGUCGAACCAGCUCCAACACGACAAGAAAUCAGCAGUCUUACCAACGGAGUAAUAGCAGCGGCGGAAUCCGGCUGGGACGGGGUCCUGAAAUAAAUCAACAACAGCAGCAGCAGCCCGUUCGGAUCGACUAUCACAGCGAACCGGAGGUGGACAUUGCGACGGUGCGGCGACCUGCCGCCAUGGCCCAGCUGUCACCGAAAAAGUACGAUGGGAUCGGUCCAACGACGCGGGAAGGAAUGCCACUGACGCUAAGAUCUGAAGUGGACGAAAACAAUCAAGCCAAAUGGUACAAAAAGAUGUACCAAACUCUGCACAAAGCACAGAAUGACGAUGACUUCGUGACCGUACGAUACAAAACACGUCGAGGCAAUUUCCCGUACAAAUCCACCGGCUACCAAUCCGAACCGGAACCGAACUACGACUCGGAUUACACAAUCAAAUACAGCACCCUCGAUCGGAGACGAACCCCGACGGCGCUGAACCCGAACAGUUACUCAAGAUUCAACACACUUCAAGGGGCGGCCAUACGGUCUGGUUCGGCCCAGUACAAAAAUCAACCCGGCCGGAUAGAGAACUACGUGCCCGGUCAUUCAUCAAUCUCGGAGAAAGAAUCCAAAGAGUGGUGGGAUGAAGUAAUGGAAAUCUUCAACGGGUGGCUAGAUGAACACUCAACUGAGCCCCUCUUCUGCAUUGUAUUCGCUCGAGAAGUGCAAAAGUUUCAAUUGGAGCAGCAGAAGCUGAGCAACAGUAAAACGUAUACGGAAGGAAACUUGUCCAGAGCUCUCAAGGACCAAGGCUACGACAGCGACACGACACUAAUCUUCCGCAAGAAAGAGCUCCCGAGCAGUUCCGCCCUCAGCCCGAUCGAGCAGAAGCAAUUCUACAAGAACAUGCAGGCAGGCGGGGAAAUACCGGUACAAGGAUUCCGCAAGCCUGCACCCGAAAAGCCCAAAGAUGGCGACACCGAUUUGCAGGUUCAAAUUGCGGAGAUGGUGCAAGAAGUACUUCCAACGCUGGCGACGAACCCGUUUCUAGUUCCACCGCAGAAAAUCACCUGCUAUCCGAUUACUAGCAUCACGCGUCCCUUGGAUAUGUUUGGUUCAUUCCCAAAGGAACCGAAAUCCUUCGUUCCGGUGGCGCCUCCAGCUCCUCCGAGUAGGAAAUCUUCUCGUAGCAAUUCUACACUGAAAAUAAUGUCCCAAAUAAAGACCAAAAAUUAUGACAAGAAAACUAUGGUGGAAGCGAGUAGUUGCAGUAACUCGGGAACCAGAAGCCUCCGGAAAAUCGAUCAGUACCGAUCGAAAUCUGCUGGACCGGUAUUUGCCACUUCAUACGUAGCUUCCUCCAUCAAGGAGGAGAAAAAUUUGGAAAACAGUACUCGUGUCGCUAAACGAUACAGCUACCGGGCUAACUCAAGCAGUCCAGUUCGGAAGUCCACCCCUAGCCCGGUGGCCUUCGGUAGAGGAAUAUCCAAGGAGAGAACCUUUGCCGAGGAGAAAAAGCGGCUUGAGGAAAAGCUACCGAAAGUGUGCCGAAGAGAUGUAACCGUUUCCACUAGCAUCCUCCGAAAUCCGGAUCUCAAAUCGCCGAACGAAGUUAAAAAAGCUCUUCGGAGCUCCUACCUUCCGAUGGUUAUUGACAAACCGGAAAAAUUUUCCACUGCCUCGCGAACACUUCGUAGAAUAUCGUCCAAUUUUAAAAGUGCUUCUAGCGUCUACUCCUCCAAACAGAGUCUUAACAAAGCCAGCACUUCGUCUACUGCCGCAAGAAAAGAAGACAAAGCCCUGAAAGUAACUGUUGCCAUAUCAUCCCGCGGAAAAGAACUACUUCGUACUUCUGCCACCACUCAAAAAUCCCAAACAAAAAGCAAAGACAAAACUUCUCCAACCAUUACAAUCAAAUCCAACAUACAAAAAGUCACCAAAAGCCUAGGACUUCGCUCGAAAACCCCCUCGGCUCAAAGUUUAGCCCGCACCAAUUCCACCUUCUCGAUCGAUUCCACUAACUCCAAGCGUAAAUCUCGCGCCUCAUUCAUUCCGGCAUCCAGCAGCUCCAGAAAACCAAACACUUCCUCCACCGUUCAACGUCGAGAAACCACAAAAACUGGCCGAAAGCCCAACAAACUAGACUCCACCACGCUCGUUGAAAGCUACAACGAACACAUCGUCCAACAGAAUGAUCUCGUCCGCACGAGUUCUUUUUUCCAAAAUCUUUUCCUGAGAAAAUCCUCACCAGUUCUUCCACCGGGCUGCGCAGAACCCGAUCCACCACAAGCCUCCAGCGUACGCGAAAAGGCCCGCUUGUGGAACAGCUUAUCGGCAAAAUCCGAGCCCUCGUUGAAGCAACCGAACUACUAUCUUACCCAGGUGAAACCCGUAUCGCUAUCGAAGUUCAAAACCAUGGACUCCGAGUACGCCACGUACCGUAACGAAAGUCCGUCCGGAACGGGCGAAGUGAUCGAACAGGUUCAACGAUACGAAUCGUUGAUGCAGCUGUCCGACGAGGAAGAAGAGUUUGGAUAUUUGCGUGGACGUAGCAUGAAGAUAGACUACAGCUACCACGAGCGCAGUAAGAGUGAACCACCGGUUCAAACGGUGAUCACCCAGGAUGCCCCUCGUACUAUUCUCGGUCGUAAGGCGACAGAGUAUUCUCACCACCAGACGAAACGAUCAUCUCGCUCGCCUUCCUGCAGACGGAUUCAGCAUUUCAAAGGGGAAGGCAACGUGAAGAAGAUCGUGCGAGCUCGUAGUCUCAGUACGACGGAUCGCUGCGCGUCCCCUUCGGAUGCGUUGGUUCGAAGCCGAUCGUUGAAUCUCACCAGCUACGAGAAACAUAUUCCCAUCUGCAGACAUAGACGGUCGGAUCGGUUUCAAGAUUUGAACGAUUUCUACAGUAGUUUGGAGCGGCUGGGACAGCUGGAGAAGGUGACUUCGUCGACUGAUCUACGGCCGCGUCGUCGCGACGAAGAGAUUAUCGAUUUUGAGUUGUGGAGAAAGGUGCGUAAUCACGAGAAGGCCGAGCGUGAGAUGAAUCAGCUGCUGAGUAAGCUGAAGCAAGAUCAGAGGGAGAAGGAUUUGCUGUUUUUGCCGCACGAUCCGGACGAGGUGCGCUGGAAUAGUGAUCUGGAUCCGGGAUUGCGGAAUAAGGAAAAAUCAGUGGAAGAUUUGAAGGGGGAGCUCAGCAAAAAGGUACUGCAUUUUGAGGAGUUUACAAAGCGGGAGCUGAAUACCCGGAAAGAUCAUUACAAACCUCUGUGGAGAGGAUCGUCGGUGGUUGAUGUGGCAACGCAGAUGGCCGAGAAGUAUUCGGGAGAUGGGGGAAGGAAGGAUGAGUUUCUUUCGUUGGAUACGGAAAAGUCUUAUGGGAUUAGCACAAAUCUGCUGAGUACGUUGUCUAGCGAUCAGAUGAAGAGACUGAAGAGUCAACUCAGUGAGAUCUACAGCAAUAGGGAGGAGGUUAAAAUAACAAGUGCAGAUAAGUACGUUAUAAACGUGCCACAGGAUCGAAUGAAGUCAGCUCCUUGUACGCUGAAGGUUCGUAGCCACUCGGUGCUAACUAAGGAGCAAGUUAACGAAGCACAGUUCAAACCACGAUUGGAGAAGGAGAGUAAGGUUGCUAUGAUUCAGAAAACGUUCGAACAGAAAAACAGACAGGAAGCUCUCUGUCAAGAGUUGAAGAACAAAUUACAAGAAAAGCACGCUAGCCAUACAUUGCCAUGCAUGAAGAAGAAGGAACGACCGACAAUUUUGCCACAGAAGGAGGAGUAUUUCUCAUUGGAAACUGACUACCGAAAGCUUCAAGGUGGACAGAAGCUAGAAUUGGCUAGAGAGGAAGUGAUUAUGAGAAAAUCGAAAACGCUAGACAAGGAAAGACCACACUCCUAUUGUGAAACGGAAAGCGUCUCAUCGGAAACCUCCAACCGGACUGUUAUCUAUCGGAACACAAGCGAUGACGUCAAAAGUAAGAUCAAAUACUUUGAAGAAAGACGUGACGAGGAAGUGCCUCCAGUUACCGUCUAUCAUGCGAGAGAAUCCUCCACCGACGAGGAUGACGCAUCGAAAAUGCUCGAGGAAAGAACCGUUGAGGUGCAAAAGACAUCUCCGUUGCCAAAUUCACAGUCAUACGCAGAUUUGAAGGACCUGUUCGGUGAAAAGCCAGCCGUCGCCUACUCCUACAGUUAUCAGGAAGACAAACGAACUCCAAAAAACUUCACGUUUCGUUCGCGUAGUUCAACCCCGGAGUACGCAACGUGUAUUCAAACGGGGGAGGUGAAGAAGAUCAAGGACAAGUUCGAAAGUUUAGAUGUAAAUAUUUGGAAACAAUCGGCAGGCGAUAACAGUCCGAGACAGUACCAAAGCGAUUCGGAGCUGAACCGACCGUUCGGAGAACGACAGAGUGCGAAAGCUAGCCGAAAAAUUAGGGUGAAGCAUCACGAAACGGGAGACGUGACGCGAAUCACUCACAAGUACGAGGUACAGUCCAGGGCACGUAGUAGAAAACGAAAGGAGCGAGCCCAUUCACCGAUUCCGAAAAACCCGUUUCGCAGGGAUGACCGUUUCAUGCCGCACAUAAACGUCAUUAGCAAGACGGCAUCCCUGAAGCAGGAAAUCAAAAGUACUCCACCGAGGGAACGAUCUGCAAGCGGCUGCAGCAGCGGAGGCGAGGUCGAAAAAAUCAAAAAAUAUAGUAGCGUGCCUCCACCGCCUCCCAUGAAAGGAACUCAACUGCCCAACUCCUACUCCCCGUACUCGAAGAGCUCGAACGAACCAGAGUCUCCCCGUCGCUACAUCGAGAGCGAUGUGAACAUCCACUACAAAACCCCGAUCCGGUACGAGUACAAGGAAGCGAUCCCAGACGACGAGCUGGCGUACCGGCAGGCGGAACAUAUGCGUCGCGUCUACCAGGAGGAACGACGACGCAAGUACAUGCACGAACUGGAAGACCUGCAGAGCCGCCGGCACACGGACAACUUUGCUCCCUCGCAGAAAUCGCCGAUCCCGCUGAACCGCUACGAUGACUUCGAUGCUGAUCUAUCGCCGAAGCCACCCAACAUGCUGCCAAGGACGAUCGCUCGAGCGCUGUACAACUUCCAAGGACAAUCCGCCAGGGAACUCUCCUUCAAGAAAGGUGACAUCAUCUACCUGCGACGCCAGGUCGACAAGAAUUGGUACGAAGGCGAACACAACGCGAUGGUUGGAUUAUUGCCUGCGAACUACAUUGAAAUCCUCCCACGGGACGGUGCCAAACCCUUGCCGAAGAAACCCCAGCGAGAAGGCAAAGCACGAGCAAAGUUCAACUUUACCGCGCAAACCUCGGUUGAACUGUCGCUGAUGAAAGGAGAACUCGUUACGUUAACUCGGCGAGUCGAUGAUAAUUGGUUUGAAGGACGGAUCGGUAAUAAAAAGGGGAUUUUCCCCGUUUCGUAUGUUGAGGUUCUAACCGAUAUUGGUGGCGAAGAAAGCUACGAGAUUGAACCCAUCGUAAAACCCAGUCUGCAGUCACAUGCCCUGACAACCGGAUACGAUAAUUCGAUGAGUAAUGGACGGAUUUCCCCCGGCAUAAUUCGAGAGACAAAAACGGUUCAAAAGACGGAAGUACUACACGUGGACACCACCAACGAACCAAUCUCCUACCGUGCCCUCUACAACUACAAACCACAAAACUCCGACGAGCUGGAACUGCACGAGGGUGACCUCGUGUACGUGCUGGAGAAAUGCGACGACGGUUGGUACGUAGGAACGUCAGCCCGAACGGGCUGCUUCGGUACCUUCCCGGGUAAUUACGUGAAGAAAUUAUGAGACCAGCCGAAGCCAGCUGGGAGACCACCACCGCCGCUCCCUGCGAUUUUGUCGUCGUCAUCAUCAUUGCACCGUCCGCAUCAGCAACAGCAGCCAACAAGAAGAUCCGGGCCGGAGGCGACGAACGCCGGAAAACGUAAGGUAGAAUUCCUUGGCGUUUUCUAGAACUGCCCAAGUGUUGCCUUAUCUAUAUUUAUGAUUAAAAAAAAACUGUUACAUCACGCAAUGACAAACAAAACAGUACCGCAUGUUUCUUGUGUACCAAAAAGUAAUUUUAGAACAAUGGUCAAGCCGAGAUUUAGAGAUAGACCGCCAUUUUAUUGCCAAUUAAAGAGUGGGGAAAAGCGGCGGUAACAAAUCUAGAAACCAAAAAAAAACAGAAACAGUUGGAAAGCAAGAGGAACAGUAAUUGUUUGCUAGUCAUUAUCCUUCCAAAAACAAAUGUAAACAAAUGGAAAUAAGAAGGAAAAUACAUACUACAGCUACAUAAUGUCGUUCAGCAAGAUAUACUACUUUAAGCGUUGCGUUACUUGAAAAGUAUACAAUUAGUUUACCUAACCUAACAAACAAUCAAGCAUAGAAAAGAUAUUCGAGCCGUACUAAAAAUUAAAGAAACUGGCGCCGAUGAUUAUUUGAAGAUUUUAUUUACCAUGAGCCAACAUUUCGUUUAUAUAGUUGUUUUCGUGUUGCGUUUAUUCAUAUUUUUAUUUACAGUAGCGAACAAAAUGGGAUAUACCUAUAGAUUCACCUAAUUUAUCGGUAACUUUUUACAAAGAUUACAAGAAUCUGAAUGAAAGUUUUUUUAGUUUGUACUAAGUAUGAUUUCUAUACCGAUCAAACCUGUCGACUGGCAGCUUUCAGCCAAUUUGAUUAAAGUGCGUUCAGCUCCAAUCAAACUACUUAUACAUUAACAGAAGAUACUAGUGCUUUUGGCUAGAACUUUAGACUGUACUAUAGACAUGUGCCUUUCGUUUUGGAUCGUUUUAUUCGUUGAAAUAAUAGCAGCGUAAAGUUCAUCUUCUGAAUGUUACUUCUAUCGGUGUCUUUUGAAGUAAUCAAUUCACUUUCAAAAAAAAAAACGUUUUACACUCCUCAAUAAUAUAUUUAAAAAAUUAGAUUUCGAGUUGAAGUUUGUACUAAAAAUUAACUUGUGCAGUCGAACGUAAAUUGUGCCUCUCUCAAGCAGUAAAACAACUGGAACAAAAAACCAAAUUCAAAUUAAAAUCACAUGGUCUAGCAAAAUUCACCGACAUGUCCAUCUCGAAAUGGAUAUGAUAAUCGGAUAUCCCUUAAUAACUAGCACCUUAAAGAAGAGGAUGACUUGCGCAUAACCACUUAAUCACACACACACACACAUGAAUUGUCAGCUCGUAGAAGUAAAGUUACUUGUGUACUGCGCCGGCACGUUUAUAGAGCAGUAAACUUUCAUGAUCACCAAACGGUUACACACUUUACACACCAAAUACACUGCGUACUCAUCGUUUAGUUUUCUGUAGGGAAAUGACCACACUUACAUAUGAUAUGGUUCUGUUGAUGAAAUAAAUUUCAAAAAAGGAAUAAAAAGUUACAAUAAAA